AUGAGGUCGUCCCAAGCGCCGAGGGGAAAGCGUGCACACAGAACCCUUCACUACCGGCGGGGGAAACCCGCAGGCCCUGGCCCACCGCCAGAGACCCCGCUCGCGCCCACGGACCACGGCCGCCCACGCGCCACGGCCCGCAACAUCCCGGCUAGAAGCGCUUCCGCUUCACCCACCUGCGGCUUCCGGUCGUACACACGGCCUUGCGAGGGCGCGAGCUGGAAAAGUGCGCCGUACGACCCCGAGCAACCGGCAGGCCUUGCGCGCGACCCUGCCCCGCCCCCUGAGGGCCGGCCCCCUGGAGCGCCGGAGCAGGAGGGGCGCGCAGGGAUCGCGCAGCGCCUCGCCGCCUGCGGGGUCGUGGGGUCCCCGCAGCCCGCGGGGGUGCUAAGUAAGGGUCCUUCAGGGCGGGAACCAGAUUCGAGGCAGGGACGUAGGCCACGUUCGAAAAAAAGUACCGAAAGUCAUAAGGCCCCAGUUCAGAUGGGCGUUCCCCGCGUGACAGCACAGAGAUAACGGCCACCCCUGGGCGAAGAUUUGGAACUUGAAGAUGAAUUUUUCUUCCUCAUCAAAGGAAUAUCUAAUACUGCCUUCAAAUUAAUAAAAUUGAGUUUAUUCUA